AUGAAGCUCUCUGAUGGUCCUGAUGCAGUUCUUUCGAAAGCAGCUCCAUCAUCAUCUGAUACUAAUGCUAGGAACAAGGAGCUGCAGGAGGCCGUGACAGCGCGGCUGAGCCAAUUCGUAGAUCAUGCCGGCAGGCAUAGGCGAACGGCGGAAGAAGACGACAGUGUUUUCGCAGAGGCGCUUUUGGCCCGUGAAAAAAAGGCGAUGCUGGCGUCAAGGUCUCUACCGAGCACGCCGCCCAGAAGGGGAAUCGACACAAAGCGAGAAACCGAUUUAAACAGAUCACCCGGCGCUUCCAGUACCGGCAGUAAGAAAGAUCGGUUUCAUCCAAUUGCGACACCGGAACCGGAGGACUACGAUUACCAACACCUCCCUCCACAGAUCGCUCAUGCGACCGCACCUGCACCGUCGGGACGGCAAAUGGAUCAUCGCGGUGUUGACCUCGAGAUGUUGCCUACGUAUAAUUUGAUGCAGCAGAUCAACAUGAUGCACAACUUCCCCCUCCUUCAUCAGCAAGAAGGUUUCCUUGCCACCGGCGGAGAACUCUCCAACACCUCCGCUGCAGACUGUUCUUCCAACUACACAGGAACCGGAUCCGAAACUACGGCUUCUGGUGUACUAGCGCAAGGAUCUCCUUGCAGCAGCUCCGCAGAGCUGCAACAAUACCAGCUUUCGGGAGGCGGGAACAAUACGAUUACUUUCUCUCCCGGCAUGCACCACAUGAUUCCAUGCUAUUUCCCAGCGCCGGUUACCGUGCCCGCUGGAACGGUGGUUCGCGUUCCCGUAGCUCAGGACGGACAGGCACAGGGGAGCGGCGAAGGUGGCGUGCCGGUGAGCAAUGUGAUGCCGCACGAACAGGAAAUAUUUCAUCCGGAUGAAACACAAAUCACGCCAAAGAACACACCGCGGAAUGGCGAUUGAUUGGAGCCGACGCCGAGAUGAGGCACCUGUUGGGACGAGAGGUGGCUGAACUCACAUUUUUAUUUUUUCAACUACAGAGGACAUGCAACAUUUGUAUGAUAACCACGCUAGAACUAGAAAGAGCUGAAGUGUGAUACAACUCGAUGGUUGUUGUAGUAUUGACGGUUGACUGCACAUAUGGAAGUCUGAAAUAAUUUCCUAUCGGAAGCAAAAGAAAGCAAUUACGCAGUGAGUUGCAGUUGUACGUCUAAGUCGGAGGCAGUGGGCGCAAGUGCCGUUUGCCUCGAUAUUAAAAAGACAUAGACAUUUGUACAACGUAAACAAAGAAUAUCCAACAUGAACAGACGAGUCCCAGUCACUAUGUUUUCAGUAUAGAUAGCUCGGAAUAACAGCGACUAUUUCUAUUUGCAUCAUAUGAUGCACUACGCAGCAGUUCUGAUGAUGUUUUUCGUUUUGUCUGUAGAGUAAACACUUUCAUCAUGAAUGUCAUUUCUAUUGCAUACUAUUACUCGCGGCCUAGACAUUUAAAAUAAUAGCAUCGCCCAUGUGUACCGCGACACAAACAGUAGGGACCGGGACCACCGUCCCAGGUGGCUGGUGAACCCAACGCCUGCGGCCUCUUCGCGCCACGACGAGAAGGACAGCAACAUCAGGAAGAAGUUGUAAAGUAUUUGUAUUGCUCGGCUGCAUUAGCUGAUAAUUCUCUUCACUGACAUCAUUUAGCUUCGCUCCUUUCAACACGUACAGCUGCUUUAUAACGACGAACUUGUUCUUCUUCUUGUCUUUGUCUAUUUUCUCUACCAGCUGAAAAUAAAGUCCGAUUGAAUUCUUUCCAGUGCCAUAGAAAAAUCCUAUUUGCCAGAAGAAUUCAUCGACUUUUUUAGCGACCGCCUCCACACCAUGCAAGCACUAGCCUAUGACCGAUAAUAAACCGCUAAAAAACGAUGUGAAGAGUGUAGUCCUGAUUUCUACCAUUGUACAAUGAAUUAUUGACGUUCUUGUGAAUUACGAAUUAUUUUUGCACACGAGAAGAAUCAAUCCAAGUAUGUUCAUUGUGUAUUGUUGUUGACAGCACGAGGAGAAACACGACGAGGACAGUGUCUUGUUCAUGAAUUUGACUUUGAAUCGUUGAGACGCGAGCUCCUGUGUGGUCUCUUUAUUUCGGAUUGGCUUUCACUGCCGCCUCCGUGUACAACGAACAACUGAAGAUGCGCCCCAGAAAAUAUUCUGCAAGAAACAAAUAU